UAAACAUUUUAAAUUAUGGAGGUCACGAAUGUAAAAAAUAAAAAUGAUGGAAUGCAUUUGAUAGUUGAAAUCUGCUACAGUUUACCAAGAUUACGAGAAGUUAUGAAGCAAUCCUGCCUGGCUGACAAAUGUGAUUUUUUGCAGAAUUCGGAGGACGUAGAAGAGAUUUGUAAACAAUUUAAUAAUCUGUUAAAAAAUAAUGAAUUAAAUCUUGAUGAAAUCACCAGUCUGUUUGUGGCGGCUGGAAUAAUUUAUUUUGUGAAUGCUACUCCAGAAAAUUUUGAAUGGCGUUCUCAUCUUUUGCAGAAAACAUUUCAAUAUGUUGACACCCUAAGUCCAAUGCAUUUAAAUUUGGCCACACAACGAAUAUGGGAUGCAUUUCAAACAGAGGGUAUGGAAUUUGUCUUUAACAUUCUAACAAUAAGUCAUCAUAUAUCGCUAGCCAGUGAAACUGGGAGGGCAAUAGCCAUUUGUUUGGUAUGGAAGUUGGUUUGUGAGAUCACGGAAACUACAACAGAUAUGUGUUCUUUUCAUGAGUUUAGUGAAUUGAUAAUUAUGAUUGAUGAAUUGGAUAAUGAGACGUUGCAAGAGGAAGAUAAUAUACGGAUUGUCUACGUGUUGGUACAAAGUUUUGGUUUCCUAAUUAAUGCUAUAGUUUAUGGUAAAAAUGAUGAUUUAAAAAAGGCAGGCUAUCGCAACUACUUUUCCUAUACACAACGAGAGUUGGAAAAGUUAAAGAAAUAUGGUGAACACCUGACAAGUUUAUUAAAGAUCAACAUUUUGGGGGAUAAUAAUUUUGAGCUUAAAAUGACAAUCAUUGAAUAUAUAAAAGUUAAUAUUAUUGGUAUUUUACAAGAGAAGAUUUCUGAAAUGCAAACGGCUUAAUAAAGAUGCUACAUUUUUUCUUAUAAAAGAACAGUGUAUGUAUCUAUGUAUGUGAUGAGAUAAGUUUUGUAAAAAUUAAAAAUGGUAAGUUUGUAAUGUAAGCUAAAGCUUAAAAUUUAGCAAUCUUCUUUUUAAUAAAACAUUUUGUUUUACAUUA